AUGGAUCCUUCUUACACUAGUUGGGUCUUCCAUGGUGAAAGUUAUACCCCACAAUUUCAAGAAGAAGGUAGAUCAGGAGGAGUUCAAGUAGAUGAUGAUAAAACUAGAGAGGAAUAUCACUUAUAUAGGAAUGUCUUUGUGCCGGAAGAAGAGGUUGGACACACUAUAUCUGAGGCAAAGGAUUAUGAAUUUGCUGAUUUAUUAGAAGAUGCAGAAACUCCUCUCUUCCCUGGUUGCACAACUUACACAAAGCUGUCAGCAGUCGUCACAUUAUACAAUUACAAGUCUACUAAUGGUCACACUGACAACAGUUUCAAUGAGCUCCUUAAGAUCUUAGGUGGCAUGCUUCCAGAAAAAAACACACUUCCAGAAACUGUUUAUUUAAUGAGAAAGAUGUUGAAACCAUUUGAUUUAGAAUAUGAGAAGAUUCAUGCUUGCCCAAAUGAUUGUUGUCUAUUUAGAAAGGAGUUUAAAGAUUUGGACUCAUGUCCAAAGUGUGGUUCCUCAAGAUGGAAGGUGGACAAAAUAACCUCCAAAGUUCGUAAAGGAGUUCCUGAAAAGGUACUACGGUAUUUUCCCGUAAUACCAAGAUUAAAAAGGAUGUUUACAUUAGAAGAAAAGGCUGAAGACUUGAUUUGGCAUUCCAACAACAAAAGUCAAGAUCAUAUGAUGCGUCAUCCAGUUGAUUCAGUAGCUUGGGAUACAAUAAAUCAUAAGUGGCCAACUUUUGCAUCAGAUCCUAGAAAUCUCCGACUUGGUCUUGCUACAGAUGGAUUCAAUCCUUUUGGUGACCUUAGUUCCAAAUAUAGUUGUUGGCCAAUAAUUUUGGUAAAUUACAACCUUUCUCCAUUGAUGUGCAUGGCGAAGGAAAAUCUUAUGCUAACAUUAUUGAUUCCAGGCCCAAAACAACCUGGAAAUGAUAUAGAUGUCUACUUGGAACCCCUUGUGGAGGAUUUGAAAGAGUUGUGGGACACAGGUGUAGAGGCUUAUGAUGCAUUUAGCAAAUCAAUGUUUAAUCUGAAGGCUAUUUUGAUGUGGACGAUCAAUGAUUUUCCUGCUUACGGAAAUCUAGCUGGAUGUACCACAAAAGGAAAAGUUGGUUGCCCUAUAUGUGGUGAAGACAUAUGUUCAAUGUGGCUUAAGUACAGUAGAAAGUUUGCAUACAUGGGUCAUAGGAGAUUUCUUGCUGCUGAUCAUCCAUUUCGUCAGAAAAAGAAGUGGUUUAAUGGAAAAAAAGAGAGAAAAGGGAAACCUAGACCUUUGACUGGGCUACAAAUUCUUAAUGCAGUGAAAGAUAUUGAAAAUGAUUGGGGUAAAAAACAAAAGGGUCAGACUAUCAAUACAUUUCAGAAAAAGAGGAAGACGCCGGAUAAUUCAAAAAGGGGGCUUCUGUUACGUCACAACUUAGAUGUGAUGCAUGUUGAAAAGAAUGUUUGUGAGAAUAUCAUAGGCACAUUGUUAAACGUGAAGAAAAAAUCCAAAGAUGGUGUUAAUGCUCGCAAAGAUUUGAUGCACUUAAAAAUUAGAGAAGAAUUGCAUCCUCAACAAAAAGGGGAAAACAUGUAUCACUUGCCUGCUGCACCUUACACAUUGUCUAAAAAAGAAAUAGAUGUAUUUUGCUCUAGGUUGAAGAAAAUAAAGCUACCCGAUGGUUAUAGCUCAAAUAUUGGUAAUUAUGUUUCUUUAGAAGACCGUAAACUUAUUGGACUGAAAUCUCAUGAUUGUCAUGUUCUAAUGCAACAAUUGCUAUCAGUUGCAUUGAGAAAUCUUUUAUUGAAAGGUCCACGCAAUGCUCUAUUUUUGCUGUGUGCAUUUUACAAUGAAUUAUGUCAAAGAGUGUUAGAUAGAAACCGUUUAGAACAACUCGAGGAGAAUAUUGUGGAAACUCUAUGCAUGUUGGAAAGAUUUAUGAAAAUACUUAAAGGUUAUGUGAAGAAUCGAGCAAGGCCAGAGGGUUGUAUAGCUGAGUGUUACCUCGCAGAAGAAAGAAUGCGAUUUUGUAGUGCUUACUAG